AUGCCGCCCAGUCGUCUUACUCUCUGAGACUCGAUUCUUCCCCUCGUUCCCUCUCUGCCUCACCUCGCUACUCGCUUACUACUCAGCUCGUCACCACCUCUUUCGGCUUGGCCUCAGUCCCUUUCUCAGCCCAAGACCCAAGUGGCAAUCACUACCUCUCGAUCUCUCCCAUCGAUUCCAUAUCUUGUUGUUCGUCGAGUCUCCAAGAGUUCAUUUGAAACAGGCUGCAUUCCAAUGAUAGCUUAUAUUCAAUAUGGUAGAAAUGCCUUACGGCAUAUUAUUAAAGAAACUAGCUUUAAGAGGUCUGAUGGUGCUAUACAUCCACUUCUCUAUGCUUGCCAAGGGGCUCGAUUCAGAAAGUUAGAAGUUAUUCUUACAACGAACGUAGAAAAGCUUGGAAAAGCUGGUCAGACAGUGAAGGUUGCUCCUGGGCAUUUUCGCAACCAUCUCAUGCCCAAAUUGCUUGCUGUUCCUAAUAUUGACAAGUUUUCUCGUCUCAUCAGGGAGCAGCGCAAGAUUUACCAGCGUGAGGAAGAAGAAGAAGUUAAAGUAGUUAAAGAGACUGCAGAAGAUAAGAUGAAAGAAUAUGAAACGGCAGCAAAACGUUUAGCUAAUGCCAAGCUGACAAUUAGGGCAAGCAUCAAUACCGAAAAAUUCCGUGCUCGUGCCUCGAAAGAUGAGGCCAUUGAAAUUCGUUCACCAGUAACAGAGGAUGACAUUGUGAAGGAGGUGGCAAGGCAGCUUAAUGUGCUAAUUGAGCGGGAUAAUAUUCAUCUUCCAUCACCUUUGACCACUUUUGGGGAACAUGAAGUUCAACUACGCUUGCCAAAGUCUAUCCCUUUGCUAGAGGGGAAGGUUAACUGGACUCUUACAGUUAAAGUCAGGGGUAAAUAAAGAACUGCUCUACAUAUUGCCAUAUUUGCAAGUUUUUUUAUAAAGGCUUCGACCAUCUUAUUAGAAAGCUAUAGCAGAUUUGUGUCUUGAAUGAUAUGGUUCAGAUGGGAGUUUAGCAGAGAACCAAAAGUAGAGCUACUGUGGUUCAAUAAAGAUUGUAACUGAUUCUUGGAACUAAUUCUAGAAGCAGCAGUAGCUUUUGAUGAUUGUAUUAAACCAUUAGAAUUGUGACAAAUGGAAAUUUCUAGGGGAUGAAUUUUGACUGUUGCGAUUGUAUCCCACAGUUUUAUCAAUGGCUGUUAUAC